CAAGGCGGCGGCGCCAUACCCAAGUGGAUGGAGACUGCGAGGGGAUAAACCCACGAGUGUCUGCAGAGAGAGCCCUUCCUUCUCAGUCCGAGUUUCUCGUUCUCCCGACAGAGACUGUCUACCCCACAGCUUUUGGUCUCCAUGCUUUUUUAGGGGGCACUUCAUCGCACCCCCUUCGCUCAAUGUUUCCCUGCUUUGUGACAAUACAAUCCGCAAAGGAGGGAAGGCGGCGUCAUGGGGAAGAAGGGCGAACGGGGAGCCAAGGACAAGAAUGCGGCCCUUGAAGAGGAAGCCAGGAAUGCCGCCAGAAGGGCAGAGCACGGGGAAGAAGAGUACCAGUGCACAGGGAUCCUGGAGCAGGAUUUCAUUGAGCUCUGCACCCGAGCUGGAUUUCAAGAAAUCCCAAAAGUCAUUGUGCGGCCACACGCUCAUGCCGGCACCGCUGCCAUAGAGGAGCCCGACCCGCAAUCUGAGAAGGAAGUCACCAACACUCUGGCCCAGAUCCAGAGCAAGUACAACUACUUCCGCCCCAGCGUCCAGGUAGAGCUGGAGCAUGAGGACCCCAAGAGCACCCGGGAGAUCUUCAUCCAGAGUUGGAAGAUUGAGGAGAAGAUGCUGACUGUCCUGGCCAAAUGCCUGCCUGCUCUCAGCCACCUCCAAACCCUUCGCCUCUGGAAGGUCGGCCUGACAGAUCUCACCUUCUCCUUGCUCCUCGCCAUCUUCCCAACCUGCCCCACCCUCAAGACCCUGGUUCUGGAAGGCAACCCGCUGCCGGAGCGAUCUUUCUACAAGCUGAUCUCCGAGGAGACCAACUUGGCCCACCUCUCCCUGAGGAACAAUGACAUUGACGACGAAGGGGCCUAUCUUAUUGGCCAGGCGCUCUCCUCUCUCAAAAGCUCCAACAAGACCUUGGCUUCGAUCAAUCUCAGCUGCAACCACAUCACAGACGUCGGGGCCGCUCACAUUGCCAACGGUUUGCGCCUCAACCGCUCACUGCUCUCCUUGUCAUUAGCGCAUAACCGGAUUGGCGACGAAGGUGCCCUGAAGAUUGCGGAGAUCCUUGCCCCUUUUGCUCUCACUCACGUAGAGGUGGUAGAGAGGCGACGGCUGCUGCUGGAGAAGGAGACUCUGGAACGAAGCCGCCUGCCCCAGCGACACAUGGAACUGAAAAGCGAGCGUCCUUCCAGCCACGUUAGCAACACAGCCAUCGACAAGCUGAUCGUGAAGACCACGAAAGCCACCAACAAGAAGAAGGAUAAGGAAUUGGCCAAAAAAGAGAAGGAGAAGGAGGAGAAAGAGAAGGGCCAAGUGAGCGGAGGGGCUGUGCUGGUUGCGUCCACGACUUCACAGCCUAAGAAGGAGGACACCAAGGAUGCCAAGGAUGCCAAGCAAGCCAAGAAAGGCACGGAACGCCCUGCUGCCGAACAGAAGCCCCCUCGCGGCAAAGGAACCAAGUCCAGCAACAAGGACAAACGGGCCCAAGCAGUGGAAAUCGAGGUGGUCGAACCCACCGAGAUUGUGAACCCACUCCUGGAGCAAGCAGAACACCGAGAUGGGAAAGUCUUCCUUCCUGGCAAUCGCGUCCUCAUCUACCUGAACCUCAUUCGGAACCGGAUCACGGAGAUCGGACUGAAGGGCUUCCUGGCUGCAGUGGAACAGCAGACCUGUCGUGUGGCUCCUGGAAGCAAGGGGCCCACAGGUCUCUUGCGGUUGUCUUUGGGGAAGAACAACUACCCUGCAGAGAGCAAGACCUACGCCAGGAUCCAGGAGCUGAUGAUGGCAAGGGAUCCGCUCCCCAAAGUCACCAAGGCCAUGGAAGAGGAAGCAGCGGUUGCCUUUUAG